AGAAACGGUGUCGGAGCUAGAUAUGUACCUCGCCGGGAUCAUAGACUAGUUAUAAGAUUGCUGCUCCGUUUCUCCCAGGGCUGUUGGACCCAGUCAUCCUCAGUCCUCCUUAAUCUCCCCCAGCCAUGACCCGCAAACACGACUUGCCCACGAAUAACCGGAGAACUACUACUUGGGUUGCGUUGCAUCUCCUUUAUGGGGCACUCCUUCUGGGCAGCUUCGCCGGCGCUUCUUCGCUUCUUCAGCUGGCCAAGCGCGAAGAACAUCCCCAAGACACCUUUGCUGCUGAUAAAGCCGGUCCAAACCUAUCCUCUCACAACAACUUCCCAAGCUUUCUGAACUCGACCUCUGAUUCUUGUCGGAUUGACCGCUCACAACCGCCGGUACUGGACCAACUGAUUGGAUGCAAGAAUUCUUCCUUGUUUCAUCUGUGGCGUACCAAAGCACGAGUAACCGGGCCGCGAGGAUGGAUGAAUGAUCCUAUGGCAAUUUUCGAAACCAAGAGCGGAGCUUAUCACGUGGGCUACCAAUGCAAUCCGGAUCAUCUCGUGUGGGCGAAUAUCUCACAAUGUUCAGCUUUCACCACGGACUUUGUCCAUUUCAAGGAUCACCAUAGCUGGAAAGAUCCACGAACCAUUGUACCGACUCAGCUGUAUGACAUUAGAGGCGUAUUUGAUGGCACAGUGAUCAAGGACGGCUGGAAUGGUCAUCCGAGCAUCAUAUACACCUCCGUAUUCACCGGCCCCAUCGGAGCCCGAAGUAAUCCACCUGAACUUGAAGGCGUGGAGACGCAGAGUGUUGCCUACACCGAGGAUGAUGGACACACUUGGACCAAGUUGAACUUUGGGGCCAACGGCAAUCCAGUAAUUUACAAGUGGCCAGAAAAUCAUCUCUCUGGAUUCAGGGACCCAUUUGUAUUCAAAUCCAGCGAGUUUUCCAGAUUUUACGCCAACGAGUCAAUUGUCCACCAGCUGCCUGGCAAUCCGAAUGCGCUCAAACCCAGUGGCCACAAUUAUCUACUCCUGAGUGGUGGAAUCCGAACGGAAGUCGAUCCAAUCCAUGGCGGACCGCGCCUGUUCCUCUACCGACAAACCGAGGAGAACAAUAUUCGGGAUUGGACCUAUCUAGGCCCCUUGGUAUCUUCGAUAGCUGAACGCAACCAAACCAGCGAAUGGACCGGCGCCAAAGGUAUCAACUAUGAAUGCGGCGCGGUCACCAAAUUAGACGAGCACGGAUUGGUCAAGCAGGAGGACGACUCCGCAGACUCUAAGACUCAGCUCAACAUCAUUGCCACAGGAUCUGAAGGCGGUCGGACCGGCCCGGGUUAUUGGCCGAUUUGGCAUGCCGUCAGUUGGGAUUUUGAUGCGGAUGACGGAAACGUGAGAUCCAAGAUCGAUUUUUCCGGGGUGAUUGAUUGGGGAAAGGCGUAUGCGUUCCAUCUGUUUGAGUCGAAAAAUCGCCAGCUCCUUGUCGGUUGGACAUACGAAGACGACGAGAAGAAUAUCCUGACACCCCAGAGAGGAGCCCAAGGUGCAUUUACCCUGUUCAGGGAAUUAUUUGUCCAAGUCCUCCGGAACAUCCAUCCGGCCGCACUGAAGUCUCCGGAGCAUGCACCUAGCUGGACCACCCGAACUGAAGCCGACGGGAGCCAUUCUCUGAUGACUGUAGGCCAAAGGAUUCUCCCAGAAAUCAGCUCGGCCUUCCGCAAACAUUCCAAAGUUUCAGCACUCCCACCUCAGACCUUGAGCCCUGGAUACAACCCGGGGGCCCACCAGCACAGUCUUUCGACCAAUGCAGUCCGGCUCGAAAAGCAACCCAAAGAUCGUUACUAUGCCAUCAGUGCCCGCCUCGAAUUUUACGCUGAUCGGAGAGAGCUCGAUGGCGAAGAUGUCGGCCGUGCCAAAAUGUCUCGUGGGGGCUUCCGUAUACUGUCCAGCCAGAACGAAUGGACUGAUGUGUACUACGAUCCAAGCACCGAGUACCUCGUAGUUGACAGGUCUCGCAGUUCUGCCAUUCCAUCUUUCGGUAAUUCCUCGGAGCGCGCCAAGCUCCGAUUGUGGCCGAUCGUCAACCCCGUCACCAAACGAGUGGAAAUCGAGCCCCUGAACUUGACGAUUAUCGUCGACAACAGCGUCGUCGAGGUCCACGCCAACGAGCGAGCAAUCAUCACCACACGGGUCUACCCUUGGUACGAAGAUUCGAUCGGGAUCGACUAUUUGGUCGAAGGCCGCCCAACUGUGGUCGAUGAGCUCCACCUCGCCAGGCAUUCGGCUCUAUCUGAAAACCAAAACCGGCUCGGCUCUCAUGCCUUCCAGCCUCAUUCCGUCCAUUUCACCAACGUCGAGAUAUGGGAUGGGCUGGUCAACGCUUGGCCAGACCGGCCCCGCGAUACCCGUCUUCCCGGGGUCUACAGUCACAAUAUCACCAGCUCUCUUUAUGGCCUAUGGCCUGACCUGUGAAAGAAAACUCUUCUAAUGUCAGCUCUUGAUCGAAUAACAACCUAUUAGACUCUUCCAUUCAAAUAUCCUACAAAGCAUCAUCUUUCUCUCCACAUUCUUUAAUUCAACUCUUGUUCGAUCUUGGACGUCGGUCAGUUGUAUUGUAAUUCUCUAACCCCAGAGUUCAUUGAGCAUAAACUGCAAGUGGCAACAUUUCUUCUUUCUCGUUUUGGGCAUGUACUUUGUAUUAAGUUUGUAUAUAUCUGAGUUGUCAAGCCCAAACUGUUUUGGGGACCCAGGGCAUUCUUCGAUUGCAAUCAACCUUUUUCGCCUUCUUUAUAUGUGAGAGCCCCUGUAAUAACUACUGCAUUAUCCGGGCCAGACUCCGCCAAUUGGUCCGCAAUGAUCUUGACCAUACGAUGCCACACCCUUAUAUGUAACCCUUUUCGAAGUGUAGAUUCGGUUCGAAUACCAGACACGCUUAAGUUCUUUCAUUCGCACCAUGUAAGAAAACAAUGGAGUCAAAAG